AAGCGGAUAUUUAUACACAUUGUAAACGUUCGCUAGAUUCAGAUUAUUGGGAAAACUUAGUGGUGAAAUACAGUAACGAAAUAUACUCAUUGAUAUUUUUGAAUGAAAAUAAAUACUCGGAAAAGUAAAAAUAUAUGAACGAUGAAAGAGCAGACUGAACACAAUAUUACAGUAGCUGUCGAGAAUAGCAGUGGGAGUAAAAUGAUGGAAUCGUCAAUAUUAAAUGGACCUAAAGGUGUUAAAAAUGGAGAAAAUGGAAGUGAAGUUUGGCGGAAUAAAACUAAUUCAAAUACAUUGACCAAGUGUGAACUUCAUAACAAUACGUUGUUAUAUUGCACAGAUUGUCGUGAUAUAGUAUGUGGACAAUGCGAACAGAUACAUGUCUCACACACGAUGAUGAAACUCAACGAGGCCAGUAAAAUCAACAGAACAAAACUAAACUCGGAAUUAACAAAUACCAAAAAUUUGAUCAGGUAUGCAAACAUUGUACUUAAAGAUCUUCAUACAUAUCUUGAAAAAUUGGCUGUUCUUUUGGCAGAAAUUACGGCAGAAGUUUUGAAAAGGGCAGAAAGUUUACCAGAGGGUACAGAUGUCCUUCCUGAAACUUUACUCAAUGAUGUGCAGGCAGAGCAUGACUCAGAAUCAAACCGAAUCAGGGACAAAAUCGUGGAGUUUGAGAACUUUAUAGCAUCAGCUAAAACAAUCGCCAUUAAUUGUGAAAAUUUAUGUAGUGCAGUAGAUGACAAAUAUAUAUUGAUAAAAGGCAAUGCAGAACUGAUAAGUGCCUCUGACCUACAGAAAUCUUUACCUUUGUGUCCAAAAGAAAAGUGCAUUUACGUUUUAUCGCCACUUCCGGUAACAAGCGAAAGUCAGAAAUUAUCCCCUGAAGAAAUGUUGGGAGAUUUCACUAGAGUUUCAGUUCCAUGGAGGAUUGAGGUGAAAAGGAUCGGCUCAUUACGCCCUGAGGCAGUUGCGAGUUCAAGGUUCGUAACCACAAUGUGUCCUGAAUCUGACGACCAGGUUUGGGUAUGCUGGCAAUGGGGUCCAAAAAUUCAUCUCGUUAAUAAAGAAGGACAUGUUGAUAAAACGAUAGACGUAGGUUGCAAAGUCGACGAUAUAUGUAGAGGCAAUGGCAAUUUGGUUGUUUCGAGUCACGAAGCGAAGUGCAUUAAAAUAUUUGACUCAAAUUACGAACUUGUGAAAACAAUUAACACAGAAAAAGUCCCAAGAGGCGUUUACGUGAAAUCAGACAGUGAGCUGAUCUUAUGUUGCGUCCAAAACUUGCACCACAGAAAUGGUGACCAGAGUUCUUUGAUGAGGGUAGAUACAAGCGAGAGCACUAUCACAGAUCUAGGAUGUACAGAACACCUGAUUCAACCUUGGCGUGUUGCUGUCAAUAUAAAUGGAGACAUUUGUGUAUCAGAUAGAAAUAAAGGAACUGUUAUGAUUUUUGACAAUGACGGAAACUUAAAAGCUACUUAUAGUGGUCCAGACUCAUCAACAAGACACGCAUUUGCCCCACACGCAAUUUGUUGUGAUAAAUUUGGACAAAUAUUUACAGUAGACUACACAAAUCACACUGUGCAUGUGCUCGAUCCUCUUGGACGUUUCAGGGGUUUUCUUAUUAUGGAUACUGAAUUGGAAAAACGUGCAAUUUUCAUGGGGACCAGUUCUCCAUUUUCAAUCACAAUAGACCGGAGUGGUGAUGUUUGGGUUGGCAACAAGUUUGGUUACCUCACCAUUCUUAAAUACCUCAAGUAGAUACUUUUUUUUCAUCAGUUAGUUACUCAUUUAUUGUGAUAUUAAUUGUGCAUUUAAUGCUCAAGAGCCGUGAUAUACAAUCAAAGAAAAAAACACUACUCCAAUGUCUAGUAUUGUAUAUUUUGUGAUAAAAUUGUCUAUAUGAGUUUAUGUUAAGUUGAACACAUUACAACUAUAGCCUUGUGUAAUAUAAAUGACAUAUAAACUGACAUAUAUAAUGUAUAUUUUAUGUUGUUAUGCAGCUGAGCUGCAGAAAGUAAAUUACUGUGUUGAUAACAAA